AUGGGUGAAGGCCAGGAGGACGAGGUCCCCAGCAGGCUGAACCCAGAAGCUGCUGAGUUCAAGCCUGGCGCGGGAACCUUCGGCGGCUCGAGACCAAGCGAGUCGCCGACCUCCUCCGGGGAGCAGGGCCCUUCACUGGUCUUCGGCGGCGGCGGGAACUUCUUGUCGAAGUAUUCUUCGAUCGAGCAGGGAGUGGCCACCAAGACUGAAUUGCGACGGCGGGGCUCUGAAGGCUCUGGCUCUGCCCCGGCGCCUGCUCCGGAUCGAGUCAAUGUUCAGCUGAACCAGCAGAUCGUCAAUGCCGGCAUGCCGGAGAGGAUCCUGCAGGUUGUUGACGAGAACUUCGAUCAGCUCAAUGCAGUGAACCUGAUCACGGCACUGCACCGCUUGGCCGCGAUCUCUUUAGCCUCCAAGAAGGCAGGCCUCAGACGGGAUCCGCGCUUCAAGCGAUUGGUGAAUAGGCUAUCAGAGACGAUUCGCAAGGCCGAUCCAUACUCGAUGAAGCCGCAGGAUUUGUCCAACAUCGCCUGGGGCCUCACGAAGUUAGGCAUCCAAAACUCCAUGCUCUUCUCGCUGCUCUCAGACCGCAUCCUGGUGCGCAUCGACUCCUUCCAGCCGGUCAACCUGUCGAUGACACUUUGGGCAUUUGCCAGGUCUGGUCUCUCCGAUGAGAGGCUGCUGCGAGCAGCGGCACAGGAGGUGAAGCACCAGCUGAAAGACUUUGAGCCGCAACAAAUUGCAAACACGACGUGGGCAAUGGCCAAGUGCGGCUACGUGGACGAGGUACUCUUUGAGCAGGCGGCGGAGCAUGCCAUUUCGCAGCUGAAGAAGUUCCAGCCCAUGAACUUCAGCAUGCUACUCUAUUCCUACGCCCUGGCCCAGCAGCGCCACGAGAAGCUCUUCCAGGAGGUUGCAAAGAAGUGCACUGUGGAUGUCCUCAAGAACUCGCUGUCAGCACCCCACGUCGUCAGCAAUUUGGCGCUGGCUUACUCCGAGGCUCAGAUCCACAUUGACUCUGUGUACCAGGCAGUUGCCGAGGUGGCCAUUGACGUCUUCGAGGAGUUCAGGUGCAUCAGCAAGAACGUCGCCAGCAGCGUCGAUGAGUUUCAGAAGCAAGAGUUGCAGGCGGGCCGAACGCCAACUUUCUGGGAGCUCCACAGCCACAUCGGUGAGUUGCACCGCCGGCUUGGGGAAUGCUACCAGACGGAUCUCGCAACGGGGUCGCGCGACGCUGAAGUUGAAGAUGUGUUGGGUCGAGAAGAGGAUCGGCCAUUUGAGUCGCUUUUGCACUCGCCAGGCUUAGGGCCUGCGACCUCCCCGGCGCCACUGGCCCCCUCACGAAUCUUCACGGACUCGUCCGUCUCAGGAAUCCAGCCAGUCCCGGAAACAUCCUCGUCGGCGCGGAUGAUGGCGCCGCUGACCCCUGGCCCGCUACUGCACAGCCUCAUCCCUUCCAGCCCGCAGACGCCAGCCGCGCCAAUCUUGGGUCGCUCCGUCACUACCGGGCAUACUCCCCUGGGAGGACCAAGUCGGGUGCCGUCCCACCAGCAAGGCUUGGGCUUGGCGGCCAUGAGCCGGAGGUCCUAUCGUGUCAGGUCGGCCACGGCAGCAGUGCCAAAGCCGCCGACUGCCGAACUCCAAAGGCUGGGUACCCCAAUCGCAGCCUCCUUUGGCAACUUCGAAGAGACCCGCCCUGAGCGGAUCGAGACAGGCACACGGAUUGGCCGCCCGCGCCGCCAGUCGCUGCAGGAAAGUAUCAUUUUCCAGACCAAGUUCGAUGACGACAGGAAGGUUGCUCAGCAAAACUUUGCCAAGAUGGAGCGGGUGGUCUCGAAGAAGAUUGGCAUGACGGUAGCGACGGUGUCGGAGCGAAGCAAGAGCUCGGACAACAUGAGCGACAAGUUCGGCUCUGAGGACGAGUGUGACUUCCAGAUUCGGCAGUGCUUUGUCGCCACGAGCGACCGUCCCAAGCGCUUGUCGAUGCAGAUUCGCCCAGGCCCCAGCCAGACGCAGAUGCGCCUUGACGAGAUGUCAGAGAGGGAGAGGAGCCGGCACUGUUGCAGCCUUUCUUCCCGGAGGUUUACCAUCACCCCUGGAAGCAAAGUCCGAGCUAUCUUCGAUGCCAUAAGAAUGAUCUGUGUUAUCUUGGACAUCACGGUGGUCCCACUGCAGCUCUUUGACCUCCCCCGCGAUACGACGCUCCAGGCCAUCUCACUCCUGACGAUGACCUUUUGGAGCUUGGAUAUCUUGGCCUCCUUCCGCACCGCCUACUUCGAGAAGGGAAGUCUUGUCAUUGAUCCGGCCAAGAUUGCAUGGAACUACUUGAAGCGGUGGCUUCUCUUCGAUCUCACGGUCGUCACCUUAGACUUCGUGCUGGAAGCUUCGGGAGCCCACGACUCCGUUAUGCUAACCUUCCUGCGCAUGAUCAGAGUGGGCCGACUGCUGAAGUGGAAUCAGAUGUUCGCCUCCAUACGUGAGAACAUCGACUCACAGAUUUGGAUCACGCGGCUGUCGAUCAUGAACAUUCUGAUCCAGAUCCUUCUGAUGUAUCACGUGGUGGCCUGCAGCUACUGGGGGUUGGGUCGUAUCAACGCCGACUCCUCCAACUGGAUCGACGUGUACAGCCUCAGCGAUCGUUCCUUCGGCUACCAGUACACCACCACUCUUCAUUGGGCGGUCUGCCAGCUAGGGCUGGGCGCCAACAUCAUCGAAGCCACCAACUUCGCCGAACGGGUCUUCUGCAUCGUCACAGUGCUUGUAGCACUGGUCACCUUUUCGUCCUUAGUCAGCUUGAUGACUUCACUGCUGACGAGCCUGCACAACGUGCAAGAAGAAGAGCAGCAUCAGUUCCGACUCCUACGCAGCUUUCUGCUGCGGAACCACAUCCCGCAGUCGCUGUCGCAGCGCGUGACGAAGUUCCUGCAGCACAGCUACAACAUCCAGCGAGAAGCCAUCUCAGACAGCCAGGUACCUUUGCUGGCGCAUCUCUCCAAGAAUCUCUUUGGAGAGCUUCAGUUUGCGCGGUACCAGCGGAGCCUGAGCAGCAUGGCCUUCGUGGAAACGCUGCUGGAAGGUAGGAAUCAUCAGCACAUGCAGAUCUUGCACGACAUGUCGGUCCAGGCCCUGGCUCAAAGUGUCCUGGCGAAGGGCGAGGUCGUGUUCUAUGCUGGCAAUCUGGCCGAGCAGUGCUUUGUCGCGUCCACCGGACAACUGGAGUACUGCCAGGGAAAAGAGUGCACAACGGUCUGCGUGGACCAAUGGGUGGCUGAGAUGUGCCUCUACACGCCGUGGUCCUACCUUGGGGAUCUCUUUACACAGGAGCUGAGUAUAAUGGUGAUCAUGAACAUGGAAGGUUUCUGCGAGUGCGUGUGCAAAAGUCCGGAUAUGCAGCUGCAGACACGCAAGUUUGCUCAGCUGUACGUGGACUUGAUGAAGAACGAUCAGACGUCUUCCGACUUGUGGACAAUGCCAGGAUCCGAAGACGAAAGCUCCCCAUCCACGAGAGUUCUCAGCACGUCGCCGAAGAAUACGCGCAAGACAACGCCAUCGAGUUUGUUGGAGAAGCUCUUUGGUGUGGCUGGUGGCGGUGGAGGGAAACGGCGCGCCAGCGUACGGCGGGCCUCCCUGCUGCCCAAUGCGGAGGAACUGCGGCAGCUGCAGGAGUUGCAGAAUGCUGGCAAUGCUGGCCGCGGUUCUGCCAACCCGCAGCAAACGCCGGGAGUCUUCUGGCAGGAUUACACCCACACCUUGGAAGAUUGA